AAGUGUGUUUUUUGUCAAGUAGUUAAAGUGUUUCCCCUUGAGGAUACUGUUGUUUUCCCAAGAAACUUUUUCCCGAGGAACUUUAACAAGUUGAGAUUGCCAUCAGCCAAAUCUUGAAAGGAAGGGAAUUUAAUGCAUUACCAACCGUUUCUCAAAUAAAUCAUUGUAUUUCAAUGGAAAAACAGUCAAAACAAAUCGAAUAACAUAUCAAAGCAUUUCAACAUAAACAUGCAUAAUGGAUUCACUACUGUAAUGUUCAUUUCACCAUUUCACACAAUAUUGUAACUAGCGAGCUAAAUAUAAACCAAUCUGGUGAUAUUCCACUGGAUGACGGACUGGUCGUUGAAGGUUGCAGACGGUUGACCAAUGUCAUGGGAAAACUUUCAAGAUAGCCUUUUAAUUUAUUGAGGAACUCGUCCGUUUGUGCCGAGUUUCCAGUCCUCCCUAAUGAGAUGGAACGCUCAAAACUACCCUGGACCACUUUGCUGCAAGAGAAGCACAAUUCACAGACGUCCAUCACCAUACUGAGAUAGAGGGGGGUAAAAUACAUAGAAGAUACAUCUCCUCACUGGUACGAAGGGAGUGAAAGUAUAGAAAAUAUCCAUCUCGGUACACAUACAGACGGAGUGAUAUGUAUAUCGGCCACAUCGGCGCAGUACAAUGUGAUCGCAGAUGUUAAACGUUUGAAGAAACAAUUCAAACUGUAUUGCUCAAUAGAUUUCCCAUGAAGAUAAGUCCAAGAAUAGCAGUAAGACAGCGGACAGACAUCUUUUGUGCGCCACUGUGAUGUGAGAAAACAUAUCCAUAGUGAAUAGAGAUGUAAUGCAACCGUAGGAAUAACAGUUAGCCACUAAGUGAAAGAGUAGUUUCACUUUGUCAACCCGUGAAGAGCAUGACCCCUGCCUCCUCUUCCAUCCACCAAAAGAGCCAAUAGUAUUCAUUUUGUGCACAUGUAUGUGUGCUCAUGUGGAUGUGCUUUUAUGUGUAUUUGUGUGUGCUCUUACAUACCUGCGUGCGUGUCUGUGUGUGUGUGUCUGCACCCGCGUGUGUGGUGUGUGUGUGUGUCUGCGCCUGUGUGUGUGUGUGGGCAUGUCUGUGUGUGUGUGUGUGUGUGUGUGUGUGUGUGUCUGCGCCUGUGUGUGUGUGGGCGUGUCUGUGUGUGGGCGUGUCUGUGUGUGUGUGUGUCUGCACCUGUGUCUGUGUGUGUGUCUGUGUGUGUGUGUGUCUGCACCUGUGUGUGUGUGUGUGUGUGUGUCUGCACCUGUGUGUGUGUGUGUGUGUGUGUGUGUGUGGUGUGUGUGGUGCGCCUGUGUGUGUGUGUGUGUGUGUGUGUGUGUGUGUGUGUGUGUGUGUGUGUGUCUGCACCUGUGUGUGUGUGUGUGUGUGUCUGCACCUGUGUGUGUGUGUGUGUGUGUCUGCACCUGUGUGUGUGUGUGUGUGUGUGUGUCUGCACCUGUGUGUGUGUGUGUGUGUGUGUGUGUGCGUGGUGUGUGUGUGUGUGUGUGUGUGUGUGUGUGUGUGUGUCUGCACCUGUGUGUGUGUGUGUGUCUGCACCUGUGUGUGUGUGCGUGUGUGUGUGUCGUGUGUGUGGUGUGUGUGUGUGUGUGUGUGUGUGUGUGUGCCUACGGGGUGACCCCCUUCCAGCUGCUGUUCGAGGCGCUCCACAGCCAGGAGCCGCGAGGGUACGUCGUGGGCUGGAUCAUCGCCAUCAGCCUACUGGUUGGGAUCCUCAUCUUCCUGUUGUUAGCGGUGCUGCUCUGGAAGAUGGGCUUCUUCCGACAGGCGCUACGGGAUAUCAUCGAGGCGGAGAGAACAGGAAGGACGAGCGACGAGAGCUGGGACUGGAUGGACAAGGGACCACUGAGAGGUGCAGAGAUUGGGGGUGGUGGGUGGUGGCGGGGGGGAGACAAAGUGAAGUGAGGCCGGGGUAGUGGCGUCACCGAACUGACCCUAUGUGGCACCACGUCUCCCCAUACCCCUCCCCCCCCCCCCCCCCCCCCCCCAGCCCAGACAAAGACCGUGGGGAUCACACACCCCUUUCAGUCUUCCAUAUGUGGAAGAGAGAACUCAAAUAUUCUCC